UUUGCUACAAACGUUAAAGUAAAAGCUUCUUUGUUAAUACUCGAAAAGAAAAUGAAUUUCUAUGUUCUCAUACUCUUCGCAAGUAUUGCUUUUUCAAGCACUACUUAUGCCGAUCACGUAGAGCAUACUCAUCUGGUUACUAUGAGAAAAGCUGAAUUGAUGAAAAUUGUGGACUGCAUUUCUAAAUCCAAAGAUCCAGUUUUGUGCGAAAAAUUUGUUAUGUGUGAAAAAAUGAUGCCCAAGCAGAUUUUGCUUGCUCUCGAAAUGUGCCAGAAGAAGUGCAUAAUGGGUGGUAUCAAACGUUGCAACCAUUAUGAACCACUUUUCACCACUCCUGAAAUUCCAGUUAAGAUAUUUGAAUGCGUUGUUGAAAACACACAUAUGCUUAACCCUGAAGAAAAGAAGAUGAUGGUGGAAUUUGAAAAAUGCACUCGAGAACUCUAUGAUGAAGGCUGCAAAAUGCCCAAGAUGACUGCUUACUAUGUUUAGCCAGGAGGAAAUGGCAUGAACAUCUACCUUCACAUGACACGGAAAAAUCAAUAUAUAUGAAAUUUUGUAACUUUUUCCUUGUACUCUUGUUCUUAAUUUAAAUCUGCUUUUUGUGUCAAUUUUUGUGCAUCACUGAAAUGUUAUUUUCUAAUUUCAUUGCAAUAAAAAGGCAAUUUCAAGGCAAUAAAAACAUAAGAAUAUACA